AUGACAGAAAAUAAAUUGCAAGAAAAAAAACAAUUGAGUUGCUUCCAUUGUGGAAUGAAAGAAGAAAGGCCGGCGGCUUCUCCUUCAACAACCAAAACAAGUAGCGAAGCAUCAUUAGAUAAUCAAAAUAGUUUACAUAGCAAACUCUACAAAAUACAGUCGGAGAUUGGUAGUCUAUUUCGCACCCAAGAAAAUAGAUAUCAGAAGUAUAAAUAUUUCAAUGAAAAGCAAUGUUUAGAAUUGUUAAAACCUUUGCUGGAAAAGCAUAAAGUGGCUAUUUAUUUUAGCGAUGAAAUUUCCUCUGGUAGCGAACCAAAAGGAGAUAAUUUUCCCGACAUUGGUGCCGAUAUGUAUUUCAAAAAGGAAGAUAAAGAAUGGGUAGUUAAAUAUUUAAAGAAAGCAGAGAUAGUUAAUGUUCAGGAUAAGAUAACUCCCCGUGAUUUAGUUAAUAGCACCCAAUCAGAUUUAAUUAAUUAUCGAGUUAGUGAGGAGAAAAUGACUUUUAGAUUUUGGGCUAUUGGUUCUAAUACUGACCCUGCCAAAGCCAAAGGUUCGGCUGAAACUUAUGCCCUUAAAUAUUUUCUCAGCAAAUUCUUUUUAAUUCCGGUUAGAGAUGAAAACGAUCCGGACAGUGGAAAUAAGGAAGUAGAAAAAAUAAUAGAAAGCAAUCGACCGCUUACCGAAACUGAAAGAUUGCAAGCAGAGAAAUUAUUAGAAAAGCAUGGAUUUAAUAAAGAAUUAGAAAAGAAGUUAAAAGAAACUAAUGAACCUUUACGGAUGUGGGAAGGGAAAAAUAAAUUUCAGCAAGAAGGCAGUGAACUAGAUAAUUGUAUCUUCCAUCAAGAAUGCUUGAAAUUGUAUAGGCGAAUUAAAGCGUUGGUUUUUAAGCAGUGUAGCACUGAGGAAUUAGAAGAAGAAUUGGAAGGCAGAAAAUGA